AUACAUUUGGCUUCCGCAACAAAUAAACCUACCAACUUCUUCACAGGGUGAUUCUCUUCAUGUUAAAGUAAACAAGCUUUCAUCCAUGAAGACACAGCUGCCAUAUGAUUAUUACUUCCUGGACUAUUGUAAACCUCCAAAAGUUUCCAACAGUGCAGAGAAUUUGGGAGAAGUUCUUCGAGGUGACCGCAUUGAGAAUUCUAUCUAUACUUUCAAGAUUGAGAGAGACAGAGUCCUGCAAAGUGGCAUGUAGAAUCAAACUUGAUGCAGUUUCUGCUAAGAAUUUCAAAGACAAAAUUGAUGACGAUUACCGAGUUAACAUGAUUCUGGACAAUCUUCCUGUGGCAGUUCCUCGGCGAAAGAUGGAUGGAAGCGGAGAAAAAGUUUAUGAACGUGGAUUUCAAGUUGGAUUUAAAGGGAGAUUUGCUGGGGGUCUGAAUCUUACUGUUUUGUUGUCAUCUCUGAAUGUUGUUAAUUGUUUGUUGACUGUAAAAGUUGGUUUUGCAGAGGAAAGAGAAAAGUUAUUUUAUGAAUAACCAUUUGAAUUUCAAGGUUAUGUAUCACGAGGAUCUAGAGACGGGCACUGCUCGUGUUGUUGGUUUUGAGGUUAUUCCCCUCAGGUUUGAACAACUUUCAAGCUUUCACUACUUGAAUGAAAGUCUUCUUAUACCACUUCCCUUCUCUCUCUCAUUUUCCUUUGACCUUUUUUUCUGUUGUUCUCUUUUGUGAAACGAUGAUUAGGCAUUCAGAAAUAGAAUUAGUUUUGCAUGCUUAGUGAUGAUUUCAGAAUGUGCAGCGGCAGUGGUCUUUUGUAACUGGUACAUUUCAUUUAUUGUAGUUCUAGGACAUUCACGUUUCCGAACAUUCGUGAUGCAGCAUUCAACUCUAAGUUUCUGCUGGUUUAUCAUAGUUUCAUGGCCUGUUUAGCAGCUCUCAUAGUUUCUACUUGCUCAAGUUUGUGCACUUAUUUGAGUGAUAGAAGUGUUCAAGGUUUUCCAGUGUCUAAUUUGACUAUGUUUCCAUGUAAUUUGGAUCCAGCAAUAUCAAAAGUCCUACAGAUUAAUUGGCCCUGAUCUUUCAUUGCAUUGGCAACCUUGAAUGAUGAAAUUUGAAUGCAUAAUUUUGUUACUAGAAGGUAUAUUUAUUGGUUUGCUUUGGCAUUUCUAUGCAUAUCUAUUGGAGAUAACUUCUUUUUCUCUCUCGGUAACUCUCGUGUUCUGAGCUCACAUGCUGAUUUGAAUCAGUAUUAACCAUGGCUACAAGAAGUGGGAUGAACAGAACACUAAACUUACGACAUGCAAACCUGGGAAGCCAACUGUAUUCCGGACAAACUCUGUACCUCAAGAGAUUGUUGCAGACAACAAAGUAGUAUUUACAUAUGACGUUUCAU